AUGGCCGACGACGUAUCCUACAACACCUUCCUCGCCCGCGCCAACCAAGACCCCCGAUCCGGCCACGACGCAGAGGGCGAAUCAACCUCCCAAGCACGUUCCAAAUUCGACCCAUCAUCAUCAACCUCAACAAACGAAGCAAUUCCCGCUUCUCUACGAGACAUCAACGCCACAUUCACCUCCGACACAGACUCGGACUUUGAACCCGUGUUCUUCAGUUACGCGUCAGACAGCUUACCGAGCGUAGAGGAGUUCAAAAAGGUUCUUGGCGCGAAAGGAGAGAAUGCUGAUAAUAUUGAGGAGUUGAGUUUUGAGGACUUUGAUCCGAGGGGUCAGUACAGGGAUGUUAUUGAGAAGGUGAAGCAGGCUGGGGAGGAUGGGAGGGGAAAGAGAGGGGUUGAUCUUGAUACUAGUGGGCCUGGUGCGAAGGUGUUUAGGGUUGAGAAUCAGAGGGCGAGGGUCGAGUAUUAUAUUGUGGCUGUUGGGGAGAGAAGUUUGGUGGGUGUUGUUGCGAAGGCUGUGGAGAGCUAG